CAAAAUCAUCUCAACAACACCAAACCGUCGACACGCAGGGACAGUUACAUUUGUGUUAUAAGUUACAAAACCGUCCCAUCUCUAACCACCCCCUUAACCGUAGGGGUAGACGAGGCGGCGUGACGGCCACGGGCCGCAGUGACGGUGCAACCAGCGCGGCUCUCGUGCCGCAUUCCUCCGGAUUCCUCCGGCCAGAAAGUGAAAUGAAACGCGAUAAUAAAGGCCCCACGCGAGCGGCAUAAUCGCCAUCCCAACGCGAAUCCACUGCGAUCGAAGCGAAGACAAUGCCGAGCGCCCGGGAAGAGUAAGGAAAACAGAAAUAAAAGCAGAAGAAGUAGCCGCCACCGAGGAUAUACACACAUGCAUAUGUACGAGUACGGUUAUCCGGCGAGGUUACAUUUGAUGGAUUAGGAAGCGAAACACAACGUGAAGGACUAUCGCGUCGAGUGGUCGCGGUUAUUGUGGUUCGCGUGGUUCGCAUUUUCUAUCGCGGAAUUGUCGCGUCGACGUCGGGUCGGCUCGAAUAGGCGCUCGAAAUUCGAAAUUUUUUUUUUUUUAAUACCCGCGACGCGAUUUUUUUUCAAGUAUUUUCUCCCUUGUUUUGUAUAGGUGAUGCACCGAGCGGUUUAAUCGGGUUUUGGACGUACGAUUGUCAAAUUACAGGUCAGUUGUGAAUCUUCUGGUUUAGAAAUUUUAAUAUUUUAUCGAAAAUUGUUUGUUAUAAUUUUUUAUGCUCUAGUGUUGGUUUGUAUUGAUUCCCUCCUUAAAUAGCUAACAAUCGACUUUAAGAACGAUUUUAAUAUCAAUUUUAUGGCUGGUUUUUUUGUUGUUAGUAAAUAAUACUAUGAGCAAUAUAUGCCAUUUGUUUAUCCAAUACCUAAUCAAUGGAUUUUUAUUAUUGAUUUCUAUCGAAUGUUUUAUGGGCGCCAUAAAAUUUCGAGUUUAGUAAUAAAACGUUUGUUGUAAAAUCAUUUUACAAUGGAUAGGUACGAAAAAUGUUGUGUGUAAAUGACAAAAUAGCUGCCCACAUGAGGAUAUGCGCAAUCUCCUUUAACAAUCGUGUGGCAUUUCGAUGAAAUUUUAGAGAUGUAGCAUGUGGAAUAUAAUGAAAUUUGGAUGUUGUGAAAUUUUUUCGUUAUUUUUAUGGGUUGUUCGAUAAAAUCGAGAAUGGGAGACUUCUCAAUGAAAUUCUUGGGAUUGCAGAAAUGCCUCUAAUUGUAAUUUUGAGGUUUCGAGCAUGCUAUUAGUCGAAGAUAUUUGAAGUGCACCGGUACCGGAAAAAAUGGCUCUACUGGAAGCGAGGCCCUUCAGGCCCUUCCGCUCCAGCGAGGAGUACCUCUACGCCAUGAAGGAGGAUCUGGCCGAAUGGCUGCAAACCAUGUACCCCCAUUUGAACAUAGCCGUCGAGAAUUUCAUGGAAAAACUGGAAACCGGAGUGGCCUUAUGCGAGCACGCCAACGCCGUGAAGGCCCAGGCGCAGGAGUACGUGGAGAAGAAGCAGGCGAAGAAGAUCAUGGCGAGGUCCGUGACUGGAUCGCUGGCGACGGCGCAGGCUUUGGUGAAAAUCGCCGAAGUGAAGUACUUCAACACGGCCAAGCCCGGAACGUUUUUCUCCAGGGAUAACGUUAGCAAUUUCAUAAAUUGGUGUCGCAACUCGCUGAAGAUAAUAGAAUGCCUCCUGUUCGAGACCGACGAUUUGAUAAUGAGGAAAAAUGAAAAACACGUCAUUUUGUGCUUGCUCGAAGUCGCCAGAAGAGGUGCCAGAUUCGGCAUGCUGGCGCCCAUAAUAGUGCAAAUGGAACGGCAAAUAGAUAGGGAAAUAGCCGCCGAUCAGAAGAAGCUCGGCGUGAAUUUCAACGAGAACCUCAACAACCACAACAUCAUCGACGACGACAGCGACACCGACAGCGACAUCGAAGACGAGGAAACCGUCUUGAUGUACGGACCGGUCCCGCAGAUCAUCACCAACGAUCUCAAAAGUCUCGACGAAAUGGUUCGAGAUUUGGUGGAAAAGUGCACUUGCCCGACUCAAUUCCCGAUGAUCAGGGUAUCGGAAGGAAAGUACCGCAUAGGCGAUACUAAAGUCCUCAUUUUUGUGAGAAUUCUCCGAAACCACGUAAUGGUCAGGGUGGGCGGUGGUUGGGACACCCUGUCCCAUUAUUUGGACAAGCACGAUCCGUGCAGAUGUCGAACGCAACACAGGACGACCCAAGGGGCGAAGUUAGUUAACAAACCCGGCGCUCCCGAUUUGCACGGGUCCCACGUCUACUACGACAGAUCACCUUUGGCCCAAACGGAACCGGUUAACGGGUACACCGCCAGCGGACCGAAUUCCCUCGGCCCGCCGAUGAACGCCCUGAAUCGAUCCAGAUCCAGGUCGCCCAAACGCUCGCUCAGUCCUAACUUAUCCACCAGAAGAUCGCUCGUACCGCCGUCCGUCAGGUCCAGGAGCCCCACGCCCAACCACCCAUCCAAACUGCCGUCCAACAGGAGUCCCCAACACAGGACUAACGGCCAUUCCCAGUCCUCUAACGGUCAUUCCAAACACAAGAACUCGCACAAUUCCAAUGACACUAAGGUUACCGAUACUGAUCACAGCGACACCACCUCCGAAGUCUCCGACGAAGGAUACCGAAGCCUCGGUAUAGUCCACGACAGAACCAAACAAAGGUCCUCAUUGUAUAGCCAAAAUUCCGCCGAAGAUGCAGAAGAAAGCGAGCAUCAAGUAUACACCGAAGACGAUUUGAACGAGUUCGGAUUGAGGAAGACGCAAUUCUCGCAGCGGAUCUACGACCACGACAUCAAAACGAAGUUGGAGAAAACGUUGGAGACGAUGGAGAAACUGGCCGAGCAACAGAAAAAACCGCCGGACGAUUCGCCGUCGAAAACCAACAGAAGCAAAGAGAAGGAGCUGCCUUUGACCCGAAGAAAAUCCUCGUUGGGUUUCCGAUCGAACGGCGCCGAUCCCAAGAAGACAGCGCCCCCAGCGAAGCGACCCGAAACGAAAAUCAACACCUGGAGCGGCCGACCCAAGGCCCAAAGACCCGCCGUCAAUCCAGAAACCUUCUCGCCCUUCAACAGAAACGUACAAGUUCGAAGGAGCGUCUCGAGCUUGAACUCUCGAAGGUCCUCGUCGACCAACACCUCUCCGACGAAGUCGAGCUCCAACGGCAAGCUGAAGGAGGAGCUGCUGCAGGUGGUGAACCAGGCCAAUUCGGACGAGGCCAUCGCCGUCAAGGUGCAGGCGCUGCUGAAGAAGUUCGGCAGCCUGAGCGCGCUCAGCGACAACGAGGCGGAGGAUGCGGGGCCGGUGUCGUUGCCGGCGAGGAUGUCGCACGAGAGGAUGUCGUUCAGGACGCCGAGGAAGAACUCGAGGCCGGACAUCGGUUUGUCUAAAAUACCGGCGCCUGUUGUUAGGUUUUGAGGUGUUGUUCGGUCGGGGAUUGAUUGCUUAUAUGUUGACAAUACGGUAGGAAUGUAAUUACGAAUCGACUGAUGCGUCGGAUGAUCGACUGAAACGUUUUCAUUUGCUUGAUGUUUUACCAGAUAUUAUGGGUGAUUGCAAACGUACUUUUUGGUUUCCAUUAAAAAGUAAUUUUUAUAAUUACUAUCUCAGAAGUAACAACAGAAAUGUUUAAUGGAGACGAGUACGACUCGUAUUCUUAUGAAGUCGUUGAUGAAUUUUUUAAAUUGUUCAGUUUCCUAUUAAUCUCACAUCGUACUUCUCUCCAUUAAUGUUGAGUAUAAGCAUACUUGGUUUGCUGGGAAGAAUUGAUUCUAGUAGAUCAAGCGUAUCUACUUUAUGUAGCAAAAGUAGGCUUAUUUGAAGAUUUAUCAGUUUUUUUUUUAUUAUAAAAGAUUGUUGAAUUUAUUAAAUUUAGUUGCAUUUUUGUAACGGAUUUUAGAAAUGUUCCAUGCAGGGUGUGGUAAAUUUCGAGACCAUUUUUAUAUAGAAAGUAACAAAAGUUUAGUCGAGUUGGAAUCAAAUGUAUAAUAAUAUGUAUAGGUAUAUUUUCUCACACAUCCUGUAUUAACUAGAAAUUCCUAUGGUGCUAUUUAUUGUAGUAAUAGUAAGUAGAGCAGCCGAUCCUAUUUACAUUAUUCAAUCCGUUUAGGUAAAGUACACGAGGCCCUUUGUUUUGAUAGUUUAAAUGCUCAAGUUUUCAUCAACCGUUGAAAAUAAUUGCAAUAGGAAAGUAUGAAAGAUUUGUUUUAUUUUGAUAAUUUUUUUCUUAUGAAAUUUUCGAGAAUUAUAUGUUUUUGUUUUAGUUGUGAGUGUAUUAAUUUAAGUACUAACACUAAACGGAUUUUUAAUAUUAAAAUCGAUUAAUUUAUGUAUUAAUUUAAUUUUUUUAUACAAUCCAAUUAUUAAACCUACUUUAUUUAACUAAUCAAUCAGGGUUUUUUUUGUUAACAUUUUUUGUAUAUAUUUUACAAUACGGUGUAUUAAAUUUUAUUGUUUUAUUAUAUAAAAAAAACCGGAA